GCAGGGCUUUGGGAGUCGGAGGCGAAUAACGUCCUGUCUAAAAGGGAUUUUUUUUUACUUUUAGCAGCCAAUCCCCGCUCUCCGGUCGCGCUGGCACCGCCUUCCCCUUUAAAGCGGCGCUGAGUUGUAGUCGGAGGGCAGAAAGUAGUUGCAGCCGCCGCCGCCGCUAUGUACGGGGCUUUGGUGCUGCUGUGGGCUGUGGCGGGGCUGAGCUCCGGCUACUUCCCGGAGGAGCGCUAUAACCCGGAGUCUCCGCUCAGGCAGCCCACCGUGCUGGUCGCCCUGCUGGCCAGGAACGCCGAGCGGUCCCUGCCCGAGGUCCUGGGAGCCAUCGACCGCCUCAAGUACCCCAAGGACCGCACCUCUCUAUGGGUUGCCACGGAUCACAAUGUGGACAAUACCAGCAGCAUUCUCCGUGAGUGGCUCGUUAACGUGCAGAACCAGUACCACCAUGUGGAGUGGAGGCCGCAGGAGCACCCCAGAUGGUUCCAGGAUGAAGAGGGCCCGAAGCACUGGUCGCAUGCCCGUUACGAGUACAUCAUGAAGCUGCGCCAGGCUGCAUUAACCUCCGCACGGGAAAUGUGGGCAGACUACAUAAUGUUUAUAGAUGCUGACAACCUUCUGACGAAUCCAAACACCUUGAGCUUGAUGAUUGCAGAGAAUAAGACUGUAGUUGCCCCCAUGCUGGAGUCCAGGGCGGCGUACUCUAACUUCUGGUGCGGGAUGACCACUCAGGGUUAUUACCGACGUACCCCAGCCUACAUGCCCAUCCGGCGCAGGGAACGUCGCGGUUGCUUUGCUGUUCCCAUGGUUCACUCUACAUUUCUUAUCGACCUGCGGAAGGAGGCCAGCAAACAUCUAGACUUCUACCCACCACACCCGGACUACACCUGGGCAUUCGAUGACAUCAUAGUCUUUGCAUUCUCAAGUCGGCAAGCUGAGGUCCAGAUGUUCCUUUGCAAUAAAGAAGUAUACGGACAUCUGCCGGUUCCUCUGCGGGCACAUAGCUCUCUGCUGGAUGAGGCUGACAACUUCCUGCAUACCAAGCUAGAGCUAAUGGUGAAGGGACCUCCCUCUGAACCCUCAAGAUUCCUGUCUGUUCCACCAAAAGUCUCAGACAAGAUAUCGAUGGAUGAGAUUUUCCUCAUUAAUUUGAAGCGUCGGCAGGACAGGAGAGACCGCAUGAAGAGGACCCUUUACGAGCUGCAGAUUGACUUCAAAUUGUCUGAUGCUGUGGACGGCCGGGCACUGAAUGACUCUCAGGUGGCUAAACUUGGCAUAACGAUGCUACCAGGGUAUAAGGAUCCUUAUCAUGGGCGUCCGCUGACCCGAGGAGAGAUGGGCUGCUUCCUCAGCCACUACAACAUCUGGAAGGAAAUCUCUGAGCGCUCGCUGGCUGUUUCGGCUGUCUUCGAAGAUGAUCUGAGGUUUGAGAUUUUCUUUAAGAGGCGACUGGAGAACCUGUUGCAGGAUUUGGAGAAGGCAGAACUAGAUUGGGAUCUUAUUUACCUGGGUAGAAAACGGAUGCAGGUGGAUGAGCCUGAAGAACCUGUUCCUGGGGUCCGAAAUCUGGUUGUCUCUGACUACUCCUACUGGACGCUGGCAUACCUCAUCUCUCUGCAGGGGGCUAGAAAGCUGCUCAAUGCUGAACCGCUAAGCAAGAUGCUUCCAGUAGACGAGUUCCUGCCAGUCAUGUAUGACAAGCACCCCAUCUCGGACUACUCCUCUCAGUUCUCUCCACGGAACCUGCGUGGCUUCUCCGUGGAGCCAUUGCUGAUUUACCCUACACAUUACACCGGGGAUGAGGGCUACAUAAGCGAUACCGAGACCUCUGUUCUGUGGGACAAUGUGACGGAAACAACUGACUGGGAUCGGGCUAAAUCCCAAAAGACCCAGCAGCAGAAGAAGCUACGCAGUGAAGCUCUGAACACCCCUUCCCUCCGAUCACCUUUUGACAGUGCCGCCCGGGAGGAGCUAUGACCUUCAUGAUAUCCACGACUUAAGAUGAACCACCCGUUCAACGUGUAGGGAAAUGUCUGAGUCCUGAUGAUGAGGCACGACAGGGCAAGUGGACUUUUUUUAGGUGACCAAAGCAUGGUGUGUGGAACCUAGUAAUGACUACCCUCCUCUUCCAAGUAGAACGCCACAGCUGGGAAGGGUGCCGUCUCUGAGGGAAUCGGUUCUUCUUAACAAAAUGGGAUUAGCUCUGCUCUGGGUUAAUUAAUAAUAAUUAUUUAUAUAUGUACAGAUAAAAUCGCCUCGUAGAAGCCGAGAAACCAACAGCUGAGCUGUUCAAGAGAUCUUUUAGUUUUAGUCAAAGAGCUAAUGGAUUUGGUCACCUCUCGUUGUAAGACCUUUGGUAUCCUCACCCAGCUGCUCGGGUUACGCUGCAACGUAUCCAAGAUGCAUGAGAAGUAAAUCUGCAUGUAUUUUCCAUGAUGCUAAUUUUGAGUGCACCUCGUGGCCGGGUCUCCUUGUGCCUUAGUAAUAUCACUGGUUUUUAAUGGUUUGAUUGGCUGCAUUCCCUUACAUAGUGGAUAUAGUAGUAUCCCUUCAUGACCAUGUUGGUACAUAAUGUGUAAGAUAAUGCAAUUGUAUGAUCUUAAAUACUUCAUCUGGGCAUACCCAAAGCUUCAGGUGGUGGGAUCGGACAAUGAGUGAACAGCAUUGCUAAACCAUGGAUCAUCCCAUUCUGCUUGAGUUGUAGUGAACUUAGUUCAUUCCCCUUUCUCUCAACAACCAUUUUUAUUCUCUGACCUGUUAGUAAGAUACAUGAUGUAAUCUAUGUAUUUCUAUAGAGCCUCAAUGUCGGGCAUAUCGGGAUGAAUAGAGAAGACACUGACUUCCUGUCCUGUGUCAGUUGGAGAACAGAAUGCUGGUCACAUGACACAGCUGAGGAUCAGAAUGGAGGCUAUAACUCACAAAUACAGUCACUAGUAAGAAGAUUACCUUCACUACAUAUUACAUCAUGUACCUUUCUAACAGGUCUGAGAAUAAAAAUAUUUGUUGGAGUGCUACUUUAAUGGAAGCUGGCUGUAGGGUUUUCCACUACUACUUGGGGUAUGCAGGUGAAACUCGAAAAAUUUGAAUAUCGUGCAAAGUUCAUUUAUUUCAGUAAUGUAACUUAAAAGGUGAAACUAGCAUAUGUGAUAGACUCAUUACAUGCAAAGCGAGAUAUUUCAAGCCUUUAUUUGUU